AUGACUGAACAAGUCAUCUAUGAUGUUAUCAUUAUCGGAGGCGGUGUAUGUGGCCUCGCUAUGGCGGCCAGACUUCGCGAGCAGACGCCGUCGGCACUCUUUACCGACGAGGAGCACCGCCGGUUUCGAUGGAUUGGGAAACACGGCAACAGAGUCUCUCUGAAGCAAACAAAGAGCGGCAAAAUCAAGACUCGCCGAUCCAGAACGGGAGCUGGAUACAACAUGAUGGUGCUGGAUUCCACCUCUGACCAGUGGCUGGCACGUUGGCACUACCUUUUCCACACGUACGAGAUUUCGCAUCUUCGAAGCCCGAUGCUCUGGCACGCCGAUCCCUUUGACCGCGACUCACUCCUCGCUUAUACAUACGAAAACAACCGCGCGGACGAAUUGGUCGAGAUUCGAAACUGUGUCGGAAAAGAAGUCAGCAAGCAUGGCCACAAGAAAGCAGCUAGCCGUCACUGUGGUGGCAAGCAAGCAGCCCGUGUCGCCAUCAAUGUGCGAGACAAGAACGACUACUUUACGCCGUCUCGAGGGGUGUUUAAAGAUCACUGUGAAUCGGUAACGCAGCGCUACGAUCUCGAGGCCGGCGUACUACAGAAAGAGGCUGUCCAGGACUUGGACUUUGGCUAUGUGGAAGCUUUCCCCGACGAGACGGAGAAGCUAUUCACCGUGCAGACAGACAAGGGGACUCACUACGCGCGAACUGUCGUCAUGGCGGUCGGGGCUGCCAACGUUCCUCAGGUACCGUCUAUUCCAUCCAUGACCAGCAUAAACGGCCAGCCCCCGCAGCAAGUCUGCCACAGCAUGCAGGUGAAAGAGUUUCCAGACCCGUAUCUGAAAAGCCGCAUCAAGGCCAUGAAGCAGACUCACGUCGUCGUCGUUGGCGGCGGCCUGACGUCUGCCCAGCUGACAGACGUCGCCAUCCGCCGCGGCGUCACCAAAGUCUGGCACAUUAUGCGGGGCCCGUGCCGCGUGAAGCUGUUUGACCUCGGUCUGGAAUGGAUGGGCAAGUACAAAAACACCGAACAAGCCCGCUUCUGGCUGGCCGACUCGGACGAGGAGCGCCUGGACAUUAUCAAGACGGCGCGCGGCGGCGGCAGUCUCACCCCCAUCUACCACAAGAUUAUCAAAAAGCACGUCGCUGCCGGCAAGGUCAAUCUCAUCACCAGCACAACCAUUGUCGAUGCGCGUUUCGAGCAAAACCAGGGUGAAGACGGCGGCAAGUGGCAUAUAGUAACAAACCCGCCCGUGGAGCUGCCGCCCAUGGAUUUCAUGUACUUUGCCACCGGCAUCCAGACAGACUUUACGUCGCUGCCGUAUAUGCAGACGAUUCUGCGCAAGCAUCCCGUGCAGGGCUUUGGCGGGUUCCCCUGCCUCAACGACGACUUGGCGUGGAGCGACGACGUGCCGCUGUUCAUGGUGGGCAGGCUGGCGGCGCUGCGCCUCGGUCCGGGCGCGGCGAACAUUGGCGGCGCCAUGGUCGGCGCGGAGCGAGUCUCGUGGGCGAUUGAGGAUAUACUGCGCCGCGGAUCGCAGCAGCAGCCAGAGACGGAGAGUGGCGGCGCUACUACUACUACCAUGGAGGAGUAUCUCAAGGGCCACACCAACAUGUAUAGCACUUUGGCGUGUGAGUAG